AUGACAGAAGACCAACAUAAACUUGCAAUUGAAGCCAAUAUCAAGGUUUUUGACUCGAAGAUGGCAGAUGAAUACGACAAUCGCGAAGCAAUACACUUUUUGAGUAUAUUUUUCGCCAAAUCCUUAUUAGAAUUCGAUAUGACCCGUCCACGAAAGACUCUUGAAGAGUCAAGUAAAAUAAUUGGAGACCCAGAAAAACUAUACAAUGGGGUUUCGCCUGAUAAAUCAUUACCAGAUCCACACACAUUUAAAACCCAAUUUCCCAAUAGUGCUUUCAAACCAGGGAUGAAGCUUAUGGAUUUUGCGUGUGGCACAGGAAUACUCACACAGCACUUUGCUCGGUAUUUGGCCACGGAUUCGGGUCAGAAGUCCGAAAUAGUUGGUAUCGACAUUAAUCCAGCCUUUUUGGCCAAAUUCAAAGAAAAGGCCAACCAAAUCAAUGCCAAAUACAAUGGGGUCGCGAUGACAUCAUACUUGUGCGAUAUCUUGGACCCCACGGCCAAAGAAGUAGUCUCUCAGUUUGAAGAUUCCAUGGAUCUAAUUGUAUGCACAAUCUCAUACCAUCAUAUAGAUAACUACGAGAAAGUGACCCAGAAGUUGGCCUCGUUUCUCAGACCUGGUGGGUGGUUGUACAUUGUCGACUUCUACAAUGAAGAUGUUGAGACAUCUUCUAGCACCAAAAGUGCUUCCCAUGCUGUCAGACACAUGGGUGGCUUGAAAGUAGAUGCGCUCAACAGAACAUUGGGUGAGUAUUCCAACCUCACAAAUGUUUCGAGUGCUAGAGAAGCCAGGGUGUACUUGUGGCAGGAACAAGCCUUUAUCGAGCACCACUUACCGGAGGAAAUCAAUAAAAAGUUGAAAGAUAACCAACUCAGAUCCAAAAUCUCCAACGGAACUACAGUAUACUUAGUUGAGACCAGUUUGAUCUUGGCUAUUGGUCAAAAAAAGUAG